CUAGAUACAAGGCUUUAUUUUUGAAUGAAGCAGGUCGAAUGCAUGCCAUAUCAGGGGAAACAACUAGUGCUGCCAAAUUUUAUCGAUUAGCUUCAGAGGUUUUUAUACUUAAACCAAAAAAUACAAUGCAUGUUCCUGAAUUAGAGGGUCAGGCCCUGAUGCUGCUGGCCAAUCUGAAUGACCAGGGAAAUAUGAAGGGGAAAGCACAGUCAGCAUGGAAUUCAUGGAAGACAGUGAUUACAUCUGAUUCUUACAUCUCCGAUGGUGCGGCAUUGACAGCAGUGGAACACUGGCUCUGUUUUCAUGCUGGGUCAUGGCAAGGUGACUACUUGGAUGAAUCAGUCAGAAGACUUGUUCCUCUCUGUUCACAACAUCCCCAGCUUCUGUACCAUCUCUCCUUAGUUCACGCUCUCAGAGGAGAUGUUCACAACUCACUGAAAUGUUACUGUGAAUUCAGAAGUAAAGUGUCUGGUUCUAACAUGCCUGGGGAGGGCAUUGCUCAUAAACAAUCAGGUAAUCCAUGGCUUCCCCUGGUGGAUGUAGCCAGAAAUCAAGGGCAGAUAACCUGUAUACCUGUUCUCUGGAGAACUCAGCUCAGACCUUUGUGUGUUCAAACAAAACCUAGAGUAACCCAAGAAGCAGAUGUUGUCUCAGAACAGCUUAAUUUAAGGAUGACAUCAGAAGGAUUUCUGACAGGAGAUAUGCAGCUACUGGCGCCCCCUAGUGGUGGAAUUUAUCUAGAUCCAUAUACAGGGAAGAUUACAUACAACAACAAAGGGACAGAACCAUGGAGGGGGGUCAUGAACUCGGGGGAUUCCUCAGUUUCUGAUCCCUGGAGGCUCACCUUACCCACGCCUCUCAAGGUCUAUCAUGAUGAAGAUGGAGUCAGUGUUCAUUUAUUGAUGACGUCACAGACAAAUUUUAAUCUGUAUAAAUUCAAUGACUUCAUUGAUAAUGUCCUUCAUCUGAUUUGGCAUGGACCUAAUGAUAGAAAGGUCAAGGUCGAUCUUAUGACCAAAUUAGCAGAUAUAAUCUAUCAGAAAGAAGAAGAGGAGCUGAAAAAUGUAAUCCAUUUUAAAGACGAAUCUCAGCGCCAGAUUGCUCUGGAUGUAUUGCGGGAGUUAUACAAUAAAGGACACUGGGCUGACGCAAUGAAAAUUUCAAAUCGUGUGCAAUACAAACCUUAUUACCUGUAUUCAAAAAAACAAUCAAAAAAAGAUAAGGAAGCUGAGAGAAAUAGGAAGACGGUCGUGGAAGGAAAAAAGCACGCAUUUCACCUGGUGGCAGAACCUCUCAUGUUUGGGAAGGCAGUAGCCAUGAUAUUUGACCAUUGUGAGCCAUCUGUAAUGUCAAAUUUUCUUGUGAUAGCAAACUGCUCUACAGAAGAGACAUUUUUGAAAAUGAAAAUCCACUAUAUUGGGAAAUGGUCCAAAGAUUUCAUACAUUACAGUAACAGCCAAGAGAACCCGUACAAUAUACGACCAUGUCAGUUUUAUCAGGGAUACAGAAUCAACAACGCAGAAGUCAUUCACUUUCGUCGUUCACACAGGUUAAUUGAAAUUUAUGAUCAAGAGGGCUCCAUGAUUGGAACUGUAAAAGAAAAUGAUACUGCUGGACUUUUGCUUCAAAGAAGUAUUUACAAGAAGCAGAUUUACCCCCUGAUAGUCAAAGACCAACUUAUAGCUAUCAACCAUCAUAGAAGACUGUGGUGCUACAGAUAUGGAGAAGAAUUCUACAGUCCAGAUAUAAAGAGGGCCUCCUCAGUAGCAGCCUUUGGGGACAUUCUGAUUGUUUUAAUGGACAAGAAGACACAGUUUGUGGCAGCUCAUCAGCUCCGAAUUCUCAACAUUAAUAUCUCAAAAUCCUGUCAAAG